CUUGGGGUCAUUUGGUGGCACAUAACGUGCAAAAAAUACACUUUUUAAACUCCGAAGAAACACAAACAGAUCAGGGAGAAGAGCUCUCUCUGCCUUGCAGCUGGGCGGGCUCUUCAACGAACCAAUCACAGAGCAGCUCUCGUGUAUAAAUACCAUGCAGCCGCGCUUCCUAGACCAACAGCUUUUUUUCGCUGCAAGGGAACGUCUGAGACCAUGUCUGAAACUGCGCCUGUUCCAGCCGCCGAUGCAGCUCCGGCCACCGCGGCACCUGCUCCCGCCGCUAAAGCCCUAGCUAAGAAGCCGAAGAAGGUAGGAGGCUUUAAGGCGGGCGGCGCCAAAGCGAAGAAGCCCGCGGGCCCCAGCGUGACCGAGCUGAUCACCCAGGCGGUAGCUGCUUCCAAGGAGAGAAAAGGCGUCUCACUGGCCGCCCUAAAGAAGGCGCUGGCAGCCGGCGGCUACGAUGUGGAGAAGAACAACAGCCGCAUUAAGCUGGGGCUCCGGAGCCUGGUGGACGAGGGGGCGGCCCGCAAGAGCGCGCCCGCCACGGGCGGCGUGAAGAAGCCGCACCGCUACCGGCCCGGCACCGUGGCGCUGCGCGAGAUCCGGCGCUACCAGAAGUCGACGGAGCUGCUGAUCCGCAAGCUGCCCUUCCAGCGCCUGGUGCGCGAGAUCGCGCAGGACUUCAAGACGGACCUGCGCUUCCAGAGCUCGGCCGUGAUGGCGCUGCAGGAGGCCAGCGAGGCCUAUCUGGUGGGGCUCUUCGAGGACACCAACCUGUGCGCCAUCCACGCCAAGCGCGUCACCAUCAUGCCCAAGGACAUCCAGCUGGCCCGCCGCAUCCGCGGCGAGAGGGCCUGAGGGACUGCAGCGCCUCCCGUCUCGAUCGCUAGGAAACAGUUCAUUAACCCAAAGGCUCUUUUAAGAGCCACUCC